AUGGCUGACCACCAGGACCUUCCGUUCAAGUCAGAAUAUGCCAAGAGUGGUCGAUCGUCGUGUAAAGCUUGUUCAAUGUCAAUCUCUAAGGAUUCUCUUCGUUUGGCAAUUAUGGUUCAGUCGCCUAUGUUCGAUGGAAAGAUUCCAAACUGGUUUCAUUUUGCUUGUUUUUGGAAACGUGCCCGAGUAGAGGAUGCUAACCAUAUUCAAGGAUUUGAUGCUUUACGAUGGGAAGACCAAGAAAAGAUCAAAGAGAAAGUAGCAGGAGGAGGUGGUGGAGGAGGAGGAGGAGGAGAUGCGGGAGGGGACUCUACAUCUGGGAAUUAUGUAACUGAAUAUGCCAAGUCUGGUCGCAGUGGUUGUAGAGGAUGUGGAGACAAAAUAGCACAGGAUGCUGUUCGCAUUGCAGUGAAAGAUUUUGAAAGUGAAAGAGCCAAAUUGUAUGGCCCCCAGAAUCUAUGGUAUCAUGUGGAUUGUUUUGUAGAAGAAAGAGAAGACCUUGAGUUUACCAAAGAUAAAAAUCCAGAAAAAAUUAACGGUUUUAAUCGACUAAAGAAAGAAGAUCAACAGGAACUGUUGACCAAGCUGGGAAAAGGUGAAAAAAGUAAGAAACGAAAAGGUGACACAAAGGAGAAUGGUGGUGGUAAAAAAGUGAAGAAAGAAGAAUCGGAAGAGGAAAAAAAUCUUCGUGAACAAAGUCAGCUGAUUUGGAAGUACAGAGAUCUACUGACUAAGAGUGUGUCUAACAAUGCAAUAAAGAUAAUGUUACAGUUAAAUAACCAGGCAUUACCCACAGGUGAAAGUUGUCUGUUGGAUGCGUGUGCAGAUGCUAUGGUUUUUGGAGCUCUCGAGAAGUGUCCUGAAUGUAAGAAAGGACAACUUCAGUACUCAGCCCUCGGUUACAAGUGUACUGGUAACAUGACAGAAUGGACCAAAUGUAUGUUUAUCACAAAGACACCCAAACGCAAGAGCUUUAAAGUUCCAAAGGAAUUCCAUGAUGUGCCUUUCCUAAAAAAUUUCAAGUUUGAGAAAAGAGAACGAGCAUUUAGUUCAGCAGCGGUGGCUAGUUCUCUGGACGGUUCAUUGGAUACAGUAGAUUCUGGAGCUGGGCCAUCAUCAUCAUCAUCAUCUUCUACACAGUCACUCGAGGGAAUGAAGUUCAUUGUCACAGGAAAGACUGAGAAACCGAAGGAGGAAAUCUGUCGAGAGAUUACUAAGCUUGGUGGUUUUGUUGUCAAUAAAAUGGCAUCUGAUGUUGCAGCUUGUAUUUCAACAAAGAAGGAGGUUGGCAAAAAGUCUAAGACAAUUAAAGAUGCGGAAAAGGCAGACAUUCAUGUGGUGGACGAGGGAUUUCUGGACAGUGUACAGAAAGGUGGCGCAUUGUUGAUGAUCCAGAGUCACUCGAUAGCUCCAUGGGGGGCAGAUCCAACACUUCGUGUUAGCUUACCCUCAUCAAGUAAGAGCGGGGAAAAGAAGAAGAUGAGUAAGAGUUACGGAGCUUACAAAGAUGCUGCAGAUAAGAUGUACACAAAGAGUGUCCCUAAGACGAUGAAAAUGACAGUGAAGGGUGGGGCCGCUGUAGAUCCUGAUUCAGGACUGGAAAGUUCAGCACACAUCUUAGAAGACAAGGGCAAUAUAUACAAUGCUGUCUUGGGACUGGUAGAUGUCGUAAGAGGAACUAACUCCUUCUACAAAAUACAAGUUCUGGAGCGUGAUGGCGGUGGAAGAUGGUGGUUGUUCCGAUCCUGGGGAAGAGUAGGGACAACGAUUGGAAGCAAUAAGAUGGAAAAGUUUGAUUCUCGUUAUGAUGUCAUGAAGGCUAUGGAGACUCUAUAUCUGGAAAAAACGGGCAAUCAUUGGGCCAACCGCAAAAACUUCAUUAAACAGGCCAAUAAAUUCUACCCUCUGGAGAUCGAUUAUGGUCAGGAUGAUGAAGAAGCAGUUACCACGCUUAAGGCUGGAGGAACAUCCAAGCUACCCAAAGCUGUACAAGAUCUAAUCUGUAUGAUAUUUGACGUGGAAAGCAUGAAGAAAGCCAUGUUGGAAUUUGAGAUUGAUUUGAAGAAGAUGCCUCUGGGAAAGUUAUCAAAGCGACAGAUUGAGUCUGCGUAUACUGUGCUGACAGAACUCACAGAGCUGAUUGGUAAAGGUGGUACUCAGACACAGUUCCUAGACGCCACAAACCGAUUUUAUACAUUGGUACCACAUGACUUUGGCAUGAAGAAGCCUCCACUUAUAAACACCAUAGAAAUAAUAAAAGCUAAGACAGAUAUGAUCAACAAUCUCCUUGACAUUGAAGUGGCAUACAGCAUGCUGAAGGGCGGCGAUACAGGCGAGGAUCCAAUUGACGCUCACUAUAGGAAACUUAACACUGAAAUUGAGCACUUGGAUAUUGCAUCUGAGGAAUGUGAGAGAUUAUUAGAGUAUGUAAAGAAUACUCACGCUGCGACCCAUAACCAGUACGAUUUGGAGGUGUUAGAUGUCUUCCAAAUCAUACGUGAUGGUGAGAGAGUGAGGUAUUCACCGUUCCGAGACCUACCUAACCGACAGCUGUUGUGGCACGGUUCACGCACGACCAAUUACGCUGGUAUCCUCUCUCAGGGUCUGAGGAUUGCCCCACCUGAGGCCCCAGUGACUGGAUACAUGUUUGGUAAAGGAGUUUACUUUGCGGACAUGGUUUCAAAGAGUGCAAACUAUUGUCGGACGUCGAAGACUGAUCCUGUCGGUAUAAUGCUACUUUGUGAAGUAGCUCUUGGUAAUAUGUAUGAAAGGUUCGGAGCAGAUUAUAUUGACAAGUUACCUAAAGGAAAACACAGUACCAAAGGUGUUGGUAUGACAUGCCCUGACCCCACAGGAUCCUAUGCUCUCCCGGAUGGCUCCACUAUCCCUAUGGGUAAAGGUGUACCCUCUUCCCAGGGGCGAUCCAGUCUCCUGUAUAAUGAAUACAUUGUUUACGAUGUGGCCCAGAUCAACAUGAAGUAUCUGCUCAAGGUCAACUUCAAGUACAAAUGGUAAAUGCAUCACGAAGACAAAAUCUCUCAGGACUCUCCAGUAUGUCCUGCACCAGGAGUAAGGAAUAUCUGAAAGUUUGGUGUGAAGUGCUCAUCUUGUUUGUAACUACAUACCUUGGAAAUUUGCUCCUUCAACAUAGUGAGACAAUCUCGUAGUGUAUUACAGUGAAUAUUACUGUUCUGGAGCUCCAGUCUGACCAUUAUUGUGUGUAAAAUGUGUGGUCCAGGUGACAGGUGAUACAACGAUUACAUGUCAAUAAUUAUUUAGGAGCAUAGAACAAAUAAGAAUGUCUAGGUGUAAAUUCUGAAGAGGAAAUCCAAGACACUAUUGAAAGUUGCUUAUAAGACAUGUGUCUACUGAUCUGAGCAAAUGAUUGCACAAUGUCUAAAUCUUCAGAACGUUGUUAUUAUCUAUAUGCAUGUAUAUGAAAACUUUUGCUUCAUCUUUUAAUAACCAUUCCUCUUUAUCACCUUGUUUUGGGUAUUUUUUUUCAUGUUACAUAAACAUGAAACAUUUCUGUCACCAGCUUUAUAUGAAUUCUUUGUAGAAUUUUUUUUUUAUAUUUGCGGUUAUGUUAAGUAUGUCAUUGUUAGUGCAAUGGUUUUGUCUCUGUUUUGGUAAAAGUUGUAUAAACGCACCAAGUAUCUCGAGGUUUAUGAUUUUUUGUUAUGAAGUCUUUAUUUUGUAUGUUAUAAAUAUUUUUUUAAAUGGUAGUGCGAGUGAAGGAACUCAUAACUAAAAUGUUUCUGGUAGUAUGUUUUCUAACAGUCAACAGUUUUUAUUUGUAGUAAAAUCUGGUAUAAAUAAAGUAUAUGGUUGUAAGAUUAGUUG